UCCUAAUGAUUUGGGAAAUUCCAGUCAUAACUUUUGCGUUGAAUAUAUUAAAAGUAAUUAUUUAAUACAUUCUGAUGGAUUAGGGAGUUCGCGUCAUAAGUUUUUCCUAAAAAAAAUUUUGAUGGCGCGUAUUCUAAAUAUUGGUAUAUUGCAUAUAUGGUAAUUCGUUGUAUGUAAAAUGUAGGAUCACCAUCCCAACAUACAAGUGAAAUAGACCGUUCCCACGUUAGUCGGGUCUACGUAACCGGAACGGACCCGGAUUUAUUCCAGCCAAGGACUGUCAACUCGGCAGAAUUCUGCCGCUAAAACAACAACAAGUGAAAUAGAUAAAUAUACAACAUUCUCAAAGUUUCGCUUUGCCCCAACCGUACAAACAUUUGCAAAAAUUUAGCAAACAGUGAUGACAUAUAAACUAUACUCAAGUUGCUAGACUUUUUUCGUUCGUGGGAACUCACAGUGCGACCCUAAAUGAGAAUUUGCCGAUAAUAGCGGCCUUUACACGAUCAUUUUUGUAUGCAAACAUGGUAUGAUGCAAAAAAAACUGGUUUUCGUUUAAACGGUCGAACAUGUAAUCAUUCUUUAUUUCUCUGUUAUUUGUGAACGAAGCAACAUCAAGGAUGAAAUGACAAGGAUGACAUGAAGCGAGACUCUCUCAUUUUCGCUGAUUUUUCUGUUAUUCUCUUUCCCUGAUUAUUAAAAUCAGGGAAUUUCGAACAGCUGAUGUCAAAAAAGGCGGGAUGCCAGAAAUAGACCCGCUAAAAAUAGCUAACAAAAGCAGUGCGAAACGAAAUUUCAGGGAACGACACAAAUAUUUUUGAACAACGUGCAACUAAAUUUUAUUUGCAAAUUUAAUUUAAAACGUUCAGCAUGAAACCAUGAUAUUUUAUUAUGACUUGUAUUGUUUCUUUGUUAUAAUUUUUUUUAUUUAUAUGUUUUUUUAAUAUUAUAUGAUUUUUUUAAAAAUUCAUAAUCCAGCCAUCCAGAACGCUUAGAUAAAUUUCAAAGAAGUCCUUCCACAGUUCUUCGUUUAUCCGUGACGUCGUUACGCUUCAAUGUUUGCUUACGACUGAAAAAAUAUACUGCGUGCAUGAUGCAAGCGUUUACACCAUAAAACAUGUUCAUAACAACAUCAUGUUUUUAAAAUUUUUUAAAAACCAUCGCACAUGCUUGCAAACAUGAAUGACCGUAUAAAGGCCGCUAAUUAGCGACAAAAGAGUAUCCACGCCUACAAAGCAAUUUCUUGACCGUGUGGCGAACGGGUCACAGUAGCGUGUAGACCAUGUGUAAUAAAAUUAAAACCCACAAACCAUUUUCCGGCCAACUCAACCAUUUUCCUGUCUUUUAAGUCGCAGGCUUGCGUGAGGUGGACGUACUAGGUCUGUUUGAAAUAUGGGCGCCUAUCGUUAUAUGCAGGAAUUGUAUAGGAAGAAACAGAGCGAUGUAAUGCGUUAUUUGCUUCGUAUUCGAGUAUGGCAAUAUAGACAACUUACAAAAUUGCACAGGUCGCCCAGGCCCACUAGGCCCGACAAGGCUCGACGUCUGGGGUAUCGGGCUAAGCAGGGAUACGUAAUUUAUAGAAUUCGUGUACGUCGUGGAGGUCGCAAACGUCCGGUACCAAAGGGAUGCACUUAUGGUAAACCAAAAAGUCAUGGAGUAAAUGAGUUGAAACCAUACCGUGGAUUGCAGUCUAUUGCUGAGGAACGAGUUGGACGUAGACUUGGAGGUCUGAGAGUUUUGAAUUCUUACUGGGUUGCUCAGGAUGCUUCUUAUAAAUACUUCGAAGUUAUAUUGGUGGAUAUUCAUCAUAAUGCAAUAAGAAGGGACCCAAAAAUAAGUUGGCUUUGUAAGCACGUCCAUAAGCAUCGUGAACUUCGAGGAUUGACUUCGGCUGGUAAGAGCUCCCGUGGCAUUGGUAAGGGUUACCGUUAUUCACAAACUAUUGGAGGCUCACGUCGCGCUGCAUGGAAACGAAAAAAUACUUUACAAAUGCAUCGCAAACGCUAAUGCUGAAUAAUGUAUUUACUUGAUAAAUUACCAAAUAUAUUAAAGCGGUUUUACACAAA